GGGGCCAUCGUCUGCAUCAUCCCUGCUCGUUUCGGCUCUCAGCGCUUCCCCGGCAAGCUGCUGGAAAAGCUCAAAGGCAAGACGGUGCUGGAGAGGACAUGGAGGAGGGCGGGGCAUGCGGAAGCAUGCAGGGAGCUGGUGGUGGCAACAGACAGCAAGGAGAUCAUGGAGCACGUGCGGUCGUUCGGAGGAAGAGCCGUCAUGACGCGCUCCUCGUGGAGGAGCGGGACCGAGCGAGUGUACGAGGGCUGGAGACUGCUGGAGGACAGCUGGAGGUUUGAGUACGUCAUCAACGUGCAGGGAGACGAGCCGCUUCUCAACCCCGCGCACAUCGACGCCCUCGCAGAGCAGCUG